UUGCAUUCUUUGGCUAAGGAACGAAAGUAGCCAUUGCGACGAAAUUCAUGUUGAGGUUAGAUACAGCAUGGAAAAGUUAUGGCGGAUAAUCUCGAUUUCUAAAGAGUAACAACUUCCUGACCCCUAAAGAUCAUGCCUGCAAUUUUUUGUUAAGAUUGUUAACUGUUGUGCUCUAAAGUUGCCAACACAAAAUAGAGGAUAAGCUUGUGAUGUAGCAGUGGUUUUAUUGGUUGAAAAAAGAAGCUUGUUUGCCCAUUGAAAUUAGUGUUUCUUUGGCUUUCAAAAAAUGUUCAUAAAGCUCUCGUGUAACUUUCGUUAGUUUUAUAGAGGGUCCAACUGAUCGUGAACAUUUUUUGUUUCUGGGAUCCGUUGUUAAUGAAGACGUAUUUAAAGGUGUUGCAUUAGUUUAUGGGCCAUAAGAAACUGCGAAUAGCCUCCGCACGAUGGAAGUUGUAUAUAAUACGGACUAUAGGUGGACCCGAUUGUCACAACUGGGGGUCACUGAAUUCUCAGCUGGCGUCCCUUAUUCUAUUAUGGUUUAAGAAUUGAUAGUUUUGUGUCGAGCCCUUUCCUGUGGUUGUGUUUGUGAUAUCCUUUGCAGUGUUCAUUUGCCAAAGCGUAUUCCAAGAGCAGUGCCGGACAAAAGGGUCCUCGAUAAUAGUUAUUACGGCAUUGAACGGAGCUCCAGCCGCGUCCUUACUGAUAUAAAGCACUAACCUUCCAAGUUACUGAUGCUACCUGCUGCCCUCCGCCAUAUUUAAGACUGUUCGCUUGUCUCUUAAAACUCCUUUCUCGAAGGGUUUUUCGGGACCCUUUCAGUUUCAAUGUUUCUCCAACGGGAAUUCCUAGAGUCUUUGGUUAAGGUUCUAAAAUUAUAAGGUAAAAAUUCUUCUGGAACUGCUACUGAAUAUUUUUCAAUAACCCACUGACUUUGUACGUACUUAUUCGUUGUAAUUGGCAUAAGCUUGUCGUAUCCUCUUGAUCAAUAACCUGCUCCAAGAUAUCUUAGAAUUCUUUUUGAAUGCUUACUUCUCUGCGUUACAUUGAAGUGUUGCUCGUUUCUUCUGUCUACGAUGGCUUUUAUGAGAACAAUUUGAUGAUCAGUUGGUAUCUUUUGGAAAUAUUCGGUACUAUGUGAUGGUUUUUGCAUAGGCCAAACAUCGAUAGACAUUUAAUUGCACACACUGCUUUGUCAUGGGUACCACAAGCUAAUUAGAGAAGUUAAUUAGAGAGCGUUUUAGAAGUAAUGCAUUCGGAGCUAAAAAGAGGAAGUAUCAUAUUAGAAAUACCAAAGUUAAUCCUUUUCUUCCUUGAAUUUUGGUUUAAUCUUGUCUGGUUAUUGGUUUUUGUGGCCGGAUUAGAUACAUUACGCUAGUUCUACGACCGGCCCGGUUAGCUUUUUUCAAUUAUUUUUUUUUCUGAUACGAAAUUUUGUUGGAAGCUCGCAAAUCACGUGGAUUAGAGUAAGAAUAGUCUUACUUUGCCACCCAUGUAAGCGUGGCACCACAUAUUCCCCUGAAGAGCAUUAAUUAUCAGAAAUAUUUUCAUGAUGGCUUUCCUUAAAGCCCUUUUUGAUGCUGUGAGCCAAUAGGGUUCCAUCUCUUUAUUUUUCUGUCAAUAUUUUACAAAAUUCCAAUAAAGAGAAUCAAUUUUUCAAAUUUUCUUUUUGGAAAAAUCAAAUUCGAUUAGGCUGGAGUUUUCUUAUGUGAAAAUCUUUCACUUUGCUACUUGACAUCUAACAUAAUAAAGAAAAAGGCUCUUACUCUUUUAGCCAGAUGCCCAGGGCCCAGGGGGUAGAGCAGUUAAAAGGUAUACCAAUACAAGACUGGCUCAGUUGUUUCUGGAAUUUUGAUGGAGAAAAUACAUUUCUGGGUUCUUAAAAAAUAUAUUUGAAAAGUGGACUAAUUUGUGGAUCAACAUUGCCGUGGCCAAAAAACAUGGCGGUCAACGUUGAAAGUGUGAAAAUGAAUUGAAUUAAACCUUUAACAUGUGACUGAUUGUCGUUUCUAAGACAAAAUGUUAUUGCCAUCAGUGAAAAACUACGAAAUGAUUCACACUUGUCGUGCAUAGGAGCCUACAACUGGCUGAGAAACUGUUUUGUUGAUAUUUACGGUAUGUUUUUUGUCGAGGCGCAAUUUUCCAUUUACAGAUUAUUUCAUAGCAGGUAACCCCUGUUUCAAUUCUUUUCGGUUUUCUUUCAUUAUUAAGCUCCUCAGUAACCUUUGAAUAAGGACUAUAUUCUUUAGGCCUUUUGACCUCACCCAGUGUCUAUUAUAGCUCGAUAUUAUGUUUGUUGGUUGGUAUUUGAUUUUCCAGUGUUUUUUAAUGCUUAUUGUUAAGAAGAUACAACUUAUUGCUCUCAAGGCAGUGUUAAACAAAAAUAUUGCUGUUAGCCUAAAUCAUGCUGUGGUAUUAUGUAUCGUCUUUUUGUUGCCAUCUUAUUUUAUGUUUGGGCUAAUUAUAGCGGAAAUAAAUCACCUUCUUCGUAUUAACAUUUCUUUUACCAACGAAGCAACACACAGUGUCAAGUAAAUACACUGGGAACUUUUCUUCGACACUUUUUUGCAAUUUUUUCUUGCUUGAUUGUCCGCAACCUGUAACUUCUGACACUUAGGUCCAAAAUUAAAUAGUUGAAUUCGAGACCACGACGUAUCCAGUUUAUCUACCAAACAGGGAUGCUCCGCCAAUUAUCAUACAACACAUUAAUUUGCCCUUAGCUAACUUUUCAUAUUAUUUUUAAAUUGAAGGUAUCGUGGCUGUUUUUACAGAAUCAUAUAACUUUUACAGAAUAACUAAACUUUAUUCAUAAUUUCUUGAUAUUUUGCUAGGCAACUUAAAUGGCUUGUUUGUUGCUUUUGUUUCUGUUUUAUGGCGAUAACCUCAAAGAGAUAAUCCACAGUCCUGUUCUAUGGGUUAGUUUGAAUUGUAACAAGGUUGUGAGCUGACUCCUUUGCUUUUGAUUUUUAGAAAUGACAUUAUAUCUCAUGAAACCCAAGCAUUUUAACUCUAGGGAUUUUGAGAACCGUCUAAGUUUCUUUUGAAGCAAAUCUGAUGUUAAUUUGCGCAUGUGAAGAAUUAAAUCCCAGCAAGCAUCGAACAAUUUCAUAGAACGUGGUCUUCAUAUUGGAUUGAAGUGACUUUGGCUGUUUGAAUAUGAUUUCUUUUGACAAGCCUAUUUGUUGGAAGGAGUUGGAGCUCGAUUUUAUAAAAAAUUAUUUUGCAACUGCAGAGGUCUAGACACGGUAUUCGCGCUAGCUGUGCGUCAUAUUUGAUUAGGAGCUCUUUUUCCAUUGCUGCCCAGGUAACCCCAAUCUAGCACCACUGAGUGCGGAACAGGUGAUAUUAUGGUCAAAAGAGCUACUGUUAGCAUUAGAUUGACAACUCAAAUUACGUUCCUCUUUAACGAAACCAAAGUUGUUCUUGGGCACCGAAUCUAUGCCACCAUUUCUUAUUUUUUAGCGUAAAAUGCCUUCCUAAAAGUUUGGUUAUUGAUAUGGAAACCAGACUAUGUUUUUUUCCAUUUUCAUGAUAGCAAACACUCUAAACGAUUUCCUAAAAAGCCUCUUGAUACGCUAUUCUGUUGCGAUCGGACCUAUGACGCAAGUAUGUUCAGAUUUUGGUUGAGAUAAGAAAGAUUAUCAGUCGAAGAACACCUUUGAACGGUAUCCGUACAAUUUUUCAUGACGUGGUUCCUUGUGUUAAAAGCACAUCUUGUAUUACUGGGAAAGUGUAAACAGGUGUUUGAAAUUGCACCAUUUAUUUAAUAAACUGUUCCAAUUAAUAACUUUUGUGUCAAAUGCAAAUAAAACUCCGUAAAUCCUAAAUCUACAUGUACACAUCAUAUAUGAUUUAAAGUCCCUUGAUUAAGGCGAGUAUUGUCUUGCGAUAAUAUUGGAGAACAUGAAUCUUUUCAAACCUUUGUUGAUUGUGCCAAACCAACAUAACGUAUUCUGAUUCUUGGCAGGAGAUUUUUAUGAAAUCUGAAAUUGGAUUUAUUGAAGCGUAAACAUGAUCCGAUCAAACUUUUGUUGACUGUUCUUAACCAACAUAAUGCAUUCUAAUUCUUGAUAGGAGAUUUUUAAGAAAUCCGAAAUCAGAUUUAGCAAAGUGUAAACAUGAUCUGACACGUGGUUUGAUUGACUGCUUCUUGGCAAUCUUGCUCGGAAGUAUAGUUGCGAACAUUCAAUUUGAAGUUGCUGUAAAUCGAAUCUGAUGAAAUUGAGAACAGCACUGAAUAUCAAUUGACAUUUGAUCCUUUUCCAAAUAUAACAAACUGCUGGCAUCGUUUAUUGAAAGUUCGUCGGAGAAAAGACUGUCGACAUUAGCUUAUCUGGUUAGUUAAUCAAGUUAGUCCAUGUCGUUUGAUAUUGAAAAUUUGCGAUUUCGACCAGGUGGUAUUUCGUUGCUGUUGUUGCAACUAGCAAUUUUAUGCACCUGAUGACGUCAUUAGGCCGUCGAGCAUUUAGGCUACUGAACUGCUUUUCAUUUAGACUCCAGUGCAAAUUUCAAAACGGGUAAUAAUGCCGUUAUUGGUUAAAGUUGGCAGCGUUUGAUUUUGCUAAUCCAGUAGCCUGGCACAAAACUAGAGUACUGUGCAAUUAAUUCUUUGCUCAUGUUUAUGCGUAUUUUUUAGUUACUGAUUCUUUUUUUAUUCUUUGUAUUUCCGAUAUUCAGAAUUAUGUGUCAAUUUACCUGCUCGCAUUUGUCUCCACAGGCGUUCCGAAAACCAUCUGUUCAUUCAUAUUCUCAUUUAUUAAUGUAUUUGUUUAUUUUUGAUAUUCGUUGUUUCAUCCAUUUCUUUGUUCAUGUAUUGAAUUUUUUCCUCCUUUAUUGCAUCAUAAGUGGAUUCAUUUUUUUUCGUUCGCUCAUAUGAAGUGUUAUGUCUUUUAAACCUUUUUCAUUUUUCUGACUCUGUGUUCUACCUUACCACUAUAGAAUUUAGAUUUCAUAUUUAUUUUCCUGCAAGCAUUAUAAUGUUAUCUCUUUUACUGCGCAAACCCGGUCUUAAGUUCAUUCAUUCAGCUAUUUUUUCUUCUCCCAGUUCCGAUACCAUUCCUUCACAGGGCAUUUUAUUGUUUUCGCUUGCGCCUGUUUUUCUCGCCGUCUUCAAAUAUUUCUCUGUUUCCCACUAUAAGCUUAUUUCUUUACGGAUUUACUUUGUUAGAAUUUUUUCUUUUCAUUCAUCGGGAAGGUUAUUAUUUCGGCGUCACAACUAGCCAAUGCUAUGUUCUGUUAAUCCAAAGCUCAAAUUUUAUAAAUUAUUUCCAUUUAACGUCUGAGUUUCAUUUUAAAAAACUUCAGCUGUUUUCUUAUUCAACGCGGCUUGAUUAAAAGUGGACAGAUAGUUGUUAUCGGGAAGUUUGAAUGUGUGUCUGUGAUUUUCAGCUCUCUCUCUCUUUUGUUAAACUGGUAUCUUACCGCUUCAAACAGCUGGCUUUUCGUUGAUAUUUUCAGUACACUGUUGCAUUCUAAGCACUCUCCAUGAAAUCAGGUGCAAAAACUAUCAAAAAUGUUUUUAAUAAGCGUAGUUUGAUAAUAAUUGUAGAUCAGAAGUCAACCAUUUUAAGUACAGUAAUGUUUCACUGCCUUCCUAAAUCAUGGAAACUUGCGAAGAUAUACCAGGUGUUUUGCGUCGUGUUUUUCCAGUCCGUAGUUAAAGUCGCACCAGGAACAGGCCCAAAGACUUUAUAUAAUUGGUUAGAAUCUUAUAAUAUGGCGAAAAACUAGUCUAGUACAGAUAAAGAAGCAUUUUUAGAAUCAUUUUCAGGGACCGCACACCAGUGUAAAUGUGGGAGGGUUGAAAAGGGCGUGCCUGAUAAGUUUUUUAGGCCACGCCUCCAGAACGCCGUGAAACACCCCUUUUAGAAAAUAGUUGCUUAUUUCUACUGAAGUUUUAUAACAAAUCAGGUUCAGAGAAGAUUUCAAUGGCUAAAAGAAAGAUGAGAUAGCUUGGGGAUAAUAAAACAUAAAGAAAAACACCUAGAAAAUGAACAAAAUGGGUUCCCAGUCAAGAAGAGCUACUACUUAGGAGUAUACUAUCCAAUGUUCCUUAAAGCAUAGCUGGAUUAAACUUUCCACAAAGUUUUCUAACCUAUUAUUGCAAAAAGGUGGAGGGGCCAUCGCUAUAGCCUCUUCCAGCCCAGUGGCAGGGUGGUGCCUGAUCAUUUUCACUACAACUCUAGACACUGGAGGUCUUCCCUCUCUUUACUUCGGAAAAGGGAUAUUUUUUAGCUCUAUCUUGGUACUCAUGAGGGUCCUAAUUACUUGCUUACUGAAUGCAGGCUGCUUCAAAAUGCAUCCACGUGUAAAUCAUGCUUUCAACUUCUUAACGAUAUAUUUUCGUUACGUGUUUGGUAACUAUGGUAACUGAACACAGCUGUUUUCCUCAUUUGAUCUUUGUUUGAAUUUAAAGUCGAUUGCUGCAGAAGAUCCUUUGUUUACAAUAUUUUCUGGUUUAUAGUUGAAAAUUGACACGGUUGAAUUCCGAGAAAUCGCAUCAUUUCAGUCUCCACAUAAAGAGGCUAACAUAUUUGGAAGGGUUAUACUCAAAAUUUGAAUUUUAAAACUCUUAGGCUGCGUAUUAUUACCGCAGUGAAUUGCAUUACAUUGAAUUCGUCUUUAAUGCGAAAAAUGGAUUGAACAUUUUGUAUUUGAUUUAUACUGCGUAUUAUCCGCAAAGCCAUUUAAUUUUGAGACUUUAAGCCAGUGGCUGCGGGGGAAGGCAGCAGCUGAAAUUGGCGCGGAAAUUGGUUCUGGUCUAUCCAAAAUGGCGCCGCGAAACAAGUUAGUGAAAAUAUGCGAGAGUAUGAGAGGCCUGAAAAAAAUUCGUAGAAAGAAGAGCAGGAGAAAACAAGUAAAUAACUUAAUUGUCUUUAUGUAGGAAUGGAGACAAAGACCGACCAAAGGGAGUUCAUGACAGUUUUACUGUGGACAAAGGUUCACGCUAUGGAGAUAGGCGUUCUGUUGGUGUUUAGCGUUCUGUUGUAUCUUUCACAACCGUGUCGUAAAUUUCAGUGUUCUUGAAUAAUUUGUUUGCGAUUAUAGUCGCUCUCACAAACCAUGUUUAUAGCUUCGUGAGUACAUUCAUCUGGUCAGGCUGCUAUGCGACCAACACGUUUCUUCUUUUCCUUUAAUGUAGGUGAGGCCUCUCCUCCUUCUCCUGCCGUUCUCUUAUCACCUUGCUUGUUUUCGGCACACCUAAAGAGUCAGUGCUCUCAGCAUUACUCUCUUUAGACUGCAUUCCUUCAAGCAUGAAGCCACACUCGCUAAAAUGCUUGCAUCGUCUUCUUUCUCUUGCAAAAGCAAAGCCAUCUUUUUGAAACGCGCCACCUUAUUUCCCGCCAGAUGUUAAAAUUAAUGAUCAACACGCUUGCUCUUGUAGAGAGAUCCCAGGUUCAUCAGGAAAUUUAUGCGGUAAACUGUGUUGCCACGAAUGUGUAGUAUAGAUAAAGCCAACCCGCAUUGAAUCAUUAAAUUCGCUGUUAAUGCGGCAGACCUCGGCGAAUUUAAUUCAAUAAUUCGUGUUUGGUUUUAUACCGCAUUUUGCUGCGGCAUUAAAUUGUAACCAGAGGUGCAGAAAAUAGUUUCCUUUCUGGGAACCUGGUAAACAGGACAACAAUUUUUCUGCGAGAUGAAAGUAUGGUGUACAAUAGCUCAACAAAUAGUACACACAAGUAUCCUGCAAGGGCUUCUAAUUUAUUUGGUCUAGAGAAUGUUUCCAAUAAAAUAUUGUAAUUUGAUUGUUCAUUGUAUCUUUUUAAUCUUCAGCAAAGAUUGACUUUGUGAUUUGUGAACCAAUAUCGAAUAGCGAUUUGCUUUUUGACUGGAAGAAAACUUCAACAUAGAUUGUGCUCUCCACAAUCAACUGGUGUUUAGGAAGGAUAAUAGAUGUCAGCUUUAAGGAAGAUGAAACUGGAUACCAGUUCAUACUUAUCAGCCCCCUUUUUGACUUUUCAUUUAAUAUGAUUGGUACACGUGUCGUCAUGAUAUUUUACAUUGAUAAAUGAUGACAUCUCAAUAUUCAAAGGCGAAUAUGAUGUGAAAGAACACGAAAAAAGAUUUCAAUACCAAUCAAAAACUUUGCCAAGUCUGCCAAGAUCUCAAUCAAGACUCAAGUCAAGCACAUUAUAAAAAUUUUUGUUCGUGCAAAAAGCAGCUGUUUUUAUCACGUUUUGCUGAAAAUUUUCUACCUAACCAAAAAAAUUUCUACCUAGCCUUUACUAUAAACUAGGCUUUACAAUCGAAUUUCUUAGAGAUUCUUCUCUACGAAAAUGCAUUUUAUCGAUAUUGCAGUUGUAGCUUGAUUUUCAAGUAUCAAUUUUUUCCAGACAUUUGCCUUCAGGCAGUUUUACUAUCAUAUAUUCAGAUUUUGAUGAAGAAUAAAAUUUUCAUCAUUUAGGCGAAUUUGGUACCAGAUCUUCACAAUUACUUCUUUUUCUUAUUUUUUGUUUUUACAACAAUGUUAACCUUUUAUUUCAUUUUUCAUUCAUUAUAUUCUCAGUAAUCGUACGACACACAUUUAUUUUCAGCUUUUUUAUUACAUUCAUUUUAUUAUUUAAUAGCUUUUUUAUGUUAGGUUUAUCACAUUGUAUUAUUUAUUUGUUUUAAUCCUUAACCUUUUGUGUGGUUCAAUUCUAAUUAACAACCAUAAAACUAUUUUCAAGAAGUCUGUGUUAGAAACUACAACUUUUCGGAGAUAAAAUAUGUUUUCAAGCGAUACAUAGAUUUUUUAUAUCGCAGCAAUUAUUGUAUUGCAGCCUUUUCGUGGCUCAUUAUUUGUUGCGGUCAUAGCAGUUUCCCUUUGUAGUAACCCAUUCUCCACUGUAUGUACGUCCAUUCUGUUUGUUAAAGCUGUCGUAGAUAGUGGGUUCUUUGUUAUGAACUGAACAAUGAACUGGAUAACGCUAACCUGUUUGUGUGUGUUCAACUUCGAAGCUUGCAAUGGAUGGCCUACCUGUUCAAUCUCCCCUUUCAGUUACAAGUAUCUUUGAGCGUUUACGUUAACAUCAAGAGUGUUACGAAGAAAAGCAAAUGAGUUAGCUUCAACAUCGUGAUUUAUUUCUUACUGUCAAGUCUACUGAAAUGCUGGAAGAGGCCAGCGGGGACACAGAACCAAGGCCCCCAGAUGCUAAGCGAAUUCUACGGUGUCCCGCAGAAGGCUGCGGUAAAGUUUUUCGCUCUUCACCUGGCUACAGGUAUCAUUUGAAAUCACAUGCGUCGGACCCAAGACCACAUCAGUGCAGAUAUUGUAUGAAAAAGUUCAAGAGUGCAAACGGCUUGAAGUAUCAUUUGAGAAAAUCGCAUAAUUUUGAGCCUGUUGCUUCUAAGAUUAAACCACCAUCAACUUCACGCAGCGAAGAGUCAAUAAAUGGCAACGAAAGCGAAUCGACGUGCGAUGAAGAUUGUGUUGUUCCAUCUUUGCCUCAGGAAGAACUCAUAUCGAAACAGAGUCCCCAACAACACCAACAGCACGAAACAGUACUGAGAAUGAACAACUCACUUUCUGACUAUAAACGUGAAUUCAAGUCAGAAACUGACCACAAUCCGUUCAAACGCGAGCGCUCGGUUGACUUUAAGACCGAAAUACCGGAAGAAAAUAACAACCGACUACGGCUUUCGUCCUAUGACGAAGACGAAAAUAUUCGCUAUGCAUCUCAAGCCGAGGAGACCUUUCGUUACGGUUCACAUCCCGAUAGCAGUAGCUUUCGUUACGGGGCGGAAGGAGCUAAUAACAGGUUUGAGGAGGGCAUGAGGCUAGGCUCGCAAGGCUACAGCCCUAAGCCUAGUUAUAGAGACUACUGGAGAGACAGCUUGCGCGAUGGCUAUUCAUCAAGAAGUGAAUUUCAUCAGAGAUUAAGUGCUGUACAGGACUACUACUUACAAAGGUCGAUGGCAUCACAGGAUCGAUACCCUGGAGUUAUUGGAUACACAAGGAAUGAAGCACCGUCGCGCUUCAGCUAUCCUCGCUUUGACUAUUCAAUGAGAGGCUAUCCGUUGAACCGUUACGAGGCUGCAAAAUCUGAUGGUUAUCCCCUAGCAAGUGCUUUCGAUGGUAGAACUGAUUUUCAGAAACCAAACGAUAAAUAUUUCCGUAGCCCCAGUGAUUUUUCAUCUAGAGAUGACUAUAAUUCUCUAAAGUCUAGCGAGGAGGUACCUCGGAACCCUUUUCGAACUAUGACUGCCCCAAAAACGCCCUCGGAUGAAUUCGUGAAGCCGACAGUUUCUAGAAGCGAAUAUGCUUUGCGUCAAAGUGCUGCUGGAAAAGACAUACCGUUGAAGGGAGAUCGAUCGAAUGCAUUGCAGAACAAUCACCACGACGAUCGCAAUGAGAAAUCAAGUGCAGGAAGUAGAGAUAAAACCCCGGAAGAAAGAGAGCCAAAAUGUGGUUUAAUUGAGUUAAAAUCUUCGCAGAAAGUGGAUAUCAAUGGAAAUACAGUAUUAGAACCCCCGUCAAUAUCAAAGAGGCGCUCAUCAAAGCCCAUUCCACCAGCUCUCGUUAUUGAGCCCCCGUCUUCUUCAAAUGACGAGAAAAGGGACGACAGCAACAAGCUUGUUCCCCCGGAAGUGAAUCGUUUAACCGAAUUUGCUGAAUUUGCAACGAGCCCACACAGUCCACUAGUACAAAGCCCAUUUCCUUUGACGCUUACCCCCGGAUUGCUUGGUGCUGGAUCUACGCCCGACUGGAUGACGAAAAGUUUCACCCGAUUUUUCUUUCCAGACAAGCCUCCGACGUAUUUGAACACAUCUGGUCUCAGCAGCUCGCGGCACAACCAAGAGGACGACGAUGGAGAGGCACGGGGGCCAUCCUCAUCAUCAUCGCUUCCUCCUUCCCCGUUCAUAGAUAAUGUCAGCACACCACAGCCUUUUUGGACGACUCAGGCCUGGCCGUCCCCCGUCUGGCAUUGUUUCAUCAAGGGGUGUAGCAUCAAAUUUGAAAGCAGGGACGAUGAUUACCGGAGGGUUGAGGAAUUGAGUUGCAGUAAUAACUCACUGCUGAAUAAGAAGAGUGAAGAGGCUAACUACUCUGUGAAUGGACUCAUAGUAACUGACAUGCAGGAGACCAAGGACAUGAUGUCUAAUACCAAGGGGGCGAAGGAUCGCGUUUUGAUAACGUUCGAGUCUACGACGCCAGGGCAACCAAGGCUCUUUGUUAAGUGCCCUGUGGACCAUCCGUUUCUUGUCAAGCACAGAGGCUGGUCAUCACCAUGCCCAAACGAGGCAAUGGCCAGGUACGGAAUCCCCUUCAGAAGUCUACAAAAGGGGGAUAUCUGUAUUCAAUCGAACCAGAACAAAGAUACGAAUGCGAACACUUUAUCGCCUCUCGUCGCGUGCACUGAAGCGUUUUCAUUUGGAUCAAGUGACAGCUCCGCUGCAAGUGCUCUUUCUGCAAUGGCCAAGCGCCAAGAAAUGGCGAACGAACGGCCCCCACCACCGCCACCUCUCCCACCUUCAUCGCUCUUGUCGACGUCAUCUGUGACGGCAAGCUCUCCUGCCAGUGACGCUAUGUCUCCAACAACUUCAGCAACGUUUUCUCCUGCUGACUCUGUGCCUAGGGAUGUACAAUAUUCAAUGGUUAUGCAAACCGGGGAACCGUCACUGGCUAAAUCCAUGAACCACGAUGAGAAUCAAGAGAAUCACGGAGCACAACUAUUUCCUAGAAAACCUAAGCGGAAACGGAAGGUAAACAAUUUGGAAGAAAAGCAAAGAAGACCAAUGAAUGGAUUUAUGCUUUUUGCUAAGAAAAUGCGGAUAGAGCUUACACAGAAAUAUCCUGGAAAAGACAACAGGGCGAUCAGUAAAGUUCUUGGAGAGCAGUGGCGAGAGCUGAGCCUCACUGAACGACAAGAGUAUGCUACGAAGGCCAAAGUAAUGGCCGAUGAGAGACGGAAAAUAAACCCUGACUGCUGGAAAAGAAAGCGGAAGAAAUCGAAGGAGGGCGAACAUGAAGUUGAUUUGGACAAAUUCAAAAUAAAGACUAAGAAAUCACCCGGACCGAUGAAUCCCGUGAAGAGCAGCGUGUUGCAAGUGGCAUAACCGCAUCCCUGACCCUUUAUUCAACAAACACAUUUUUAAGGUAUAGCCUGGAGCCUUUACCUAUCCACAUUUGGCAGCAACUUUAGAUGUAGAAAUUUGUGCUUUUAAAUUUUAAUGAUGUAAUUGUUAUUUUUCAUUAAUUUUGGGAAUAAUCGAAUUAAUUUGUUAAGUAGUGUAAUUUUACUUUUGGAAAUGGGUGUAUUUUAGUGAAUGUUUUUAAUUACUGCAUAUAUAAGUGCCCACCGCUCUUCAGCAAUUUAGUUUGUGUAAUGGAGGCCACUCGUUGCUAACCCCUCGUUUAGCUACCGGCUUCGCAUUUUCAUUGUUUUUCCCAGUGUAAGCAAAUUUUUCCUUUGUAUUGACCUUAGCUCGAAAAGCGAGGCACGUGUAGUAGCUUGAACCAAUUUUCAUGUUUACUCGAUUGCUCACGUUGGGCGCCAGUGCAAAUUUACAAGGAGCCGGCCACUUUUCCUUGUAUUGCUUUAAUCCGCCUGAAAGAAAGAAUGAGCAAAAGCUGCAAAUUUAUUUGUUUAAUAUAGGACACCCUUAGUUGUCCCUUGUGACCUGAAUAAAUUUUGCUCUUACUUCCUUGUGACGUCACGUUUUCUUUAAAGGAACAUGAAAUAUUAAGACCCCGUUGUCAAGGCAUUACUGUAUCUUCGAAAUUAGCCUAAAGACGUUUUAGAUUCAUUGUUUCAUAAAUCCAGCCAGAUAUUUCAUGCAAGGCCUCGAGGAAACAAGUUCAUAAUCACACCUUCUAGCUGAUAAUUUUCAUAUACAAUGGUCUUUGUAGAUUGUAUCUGUUUUCAUUUUGCUUAUUGUUCAUCUUGAAAUGUGUUCUGGACAGUCUCGAGGAGGAGGGAUUAAGUCUUUUGAUGCCGGCCGGCGACUUUUAAGUUAGCGUUAAGCUCACGACUCAUGUAAUUAGUACUAUUACGACAAGCAUAUAUGCUGCCCUUUUGUGUGUCUGGAGGGCUUUCGUGCUGUAAUGAUAUAACAUUGCAAGUGAUUUUCAUCCUUUUUGGUGUAGGGAUUAGAGCUGUUUCCGAAGAUAAAUUGAACAAUUUCAGUUGUAUUGAACUUUUUGUUCAUUUAAUUAAAUUUGAACAAAAAUUUAGUAGCCACCAUUUGGGUUUUUGCAUAUUAAGUAUUUUUGUUGGAUUGCCAUGCAACUGAAUUCCAUGUCAAAUCCAACAUGACUUCUGUUGAUUUUUUCAAACUAAUCGAACACAAGAUCUUAGCCAAUCUUUGGUGAACCCGUUUUGAAAGCGACGCAUGAAAACAUGAUUUUGAAGAUAUGAAUACUUCAGGCAGACUUGUCUCUCAGUGGCACACGCCGUAUAGGUUGUAGUUUCCCGGUAUUAAGGUGAUUGCUAUCUCCAUUGCACAUAGUGAGUGAUUUGUAUACUUCCAAUCAAAUCUCGCCCUUUCUUUAUCUUAGCUAUAACGAGGGCCUUAGGUUCGGUUGAACAAAUUCUAUAAAAUUUUCUUGUAAAUAGUAAAUGCUAUAAUGUAUACUUUGGAAAACGACGUGUAAACUUUGAAAGUAGAAGCGAAUAAAAUGAGACUUUUGCUGCUGA